UGUGUUCCUGGCGCACUGUUUUCUGAAUGCUUAGGAGUUGGCUUUUACCAUUCGUGCAGUAACCUCUGGAAGGAGCCAUGUGCUUCCUUGCAUGCCUGUACAUUGCGCUUGGCUUUUUGCAGGGAGUGAGUUCUUCGUGUCCUUCUCAGUGUACCUGUGAUUAUCAUGGCAGGGACGACGGCUCAGGAUCAAGGUCCGUGCUGUGUAAUGAUCUGGACAUGAACGAAGUCCCCGCCAACAUCCCCGUGGACACCGCAAAGCUCCGCAUCGAGAAGACCGUCAUCCACAGCGUCCCCGCCGAGGCCUUCUACUACCUGGUGGAGCUCCGCUACCUCUGGCUCCCGUACAACUCGGUGGCCAGUGUGGAGCCCAGCAGCUUCUACAACCUGAAGGAGCUGCACGAGUUGCGCUUGGAUGGGAACUCUCUGGCCACCUUCCCUUGGGCCUCUCUGUCGGACAUGCCCCGUCUGAAGACCCUGGACUUGCACAAUAACAGGAUAACCAGUGUGCCAAAUGAGGCAGGCCGGUAUCUGAAGAACCUCGCCUACUUGGAUUUAUCAAGCAACAGACUAACCACGCUACCUCCAGAUUUCAUAGAGAGCUGGUCACAUUUAGCUCGGACUCCUCCCAGAAGCCCAGACCUUUCGCCAAGGAGAAUUAUUCUUGGUCUGCAGGACAACCCCUGGUCCUGUGACUGUCACAUUUCCACAGUGAUUGAGCUGUCCAAGGUUGCUGACCCUGCUGUGGUGCUGCUUGACCCCCUAAUGCUUUGCAGUGAACCCAAGCGCCUCUCCGGGAUCCCGUUCCAGAAGGCUGAGCUGGAGCAUUGUCUGAAGCCUUCGGUGAUGGCCUCGGCCACCAAGCUCACAUCUGCCCUGGGAAGCAACAUCCUGCUGCGGUGCGAUGCCACGGGCUUCCCCACCCCUCAACUCACGUGGACCAGAUCUGACAGCUCGCUGGUAAAUCACACAGUAAUUCAAGAAUCUCCAGGAGACGGAGUCAGAUGGUCCAUCAUAAGCUUGACAGGCAUUUCUUACAAGGAUGCUGGUGAUUACAAAUGCAAAGCCAAAAACCUGGCUGGGGCAUCUGAAGCUGUGGUGACCGUGACGGUGGUCGGAGUUGUCACAACCACCUUAUCACCCGACACUUCUGAGAGCAGAACGGGAGGUCACCCUGAGCCAGAGGUCCAGCCAGGACCUGGCCGAUUGACGUCCACAGCCCUGUCCCUGUCCUCCCCCAGGUCCUCUUUGUCCUCUUCUUUGUCCCCUGCUUCUUCCACUUCUCUCCCUGCUCCCACCGUGUCUCCCCGCUCCGCUGCUGCCCUGUCCUCCUCUCCUGUCUCCUCCGUGGCUUCUUCAGUGACCCCGAGAAGCGGCAUUUCAUCAGAGGACAGCAGGGCCGGCGGGCGCUCUCUGCAGCUGCUCCCAGAGGCCCAGAGGGACGGAGCCCAGCGUCUCCCGGCCAGCGCCAGAAAGGCAGAAGAGCUGGCGCCCGUGGGGACCGAUGCCACCAUAGAGGACCUGAGGGUGGUCAGCGAGACGGGGGAGAGCGUGACCCUGACCUGGAGCGGGGUCAACGCCACGCAGCGCUCCGCGGUCACCGUGCUGUAUUCCAAGUACGGCGAGAAGGACCUGCUGCUGCUGAACGCGGACUCCAGCGACAACCAGGUCACCAUAGAUGGCCUGGAGCCGGGCAGGCAGUACGUGGCCUGCGUGUGUCCCCGGGGAGAGCCGCCCCGCAUGGACCAGUGUGUCACCUUCUCCACCGACGCGGCGGGAGCGGAGGACCCGCAGUGGCCUUUCCUCGUCGUGGUCACCAGCGCUGCCUGUGUGGUCGCGGUGCCACUGAUUUGCUUUUUACUGUAUAAAGUUUGCAAACUGCAGUGUAAGCCGGAGUCUUUCUGGGAAGAUGAUCUGGCCAAGGAGACUUACAUCCGGUUUGAGACUCUGUCGCCCAGGUCCCAGAGCCUCGGGGACCUCUGGACUCGAAGGCACAGAGAGGACUCCGAGAAGCUGCUGCUGUGCUCCGGGUCAAGCGUGGAGUCGCAGGCUUAAAAGUGGGGUCUGCAGGCCGGAGUAUUAUUGCUGAGUUCUGCAGCCUGGGCCAGGGUGAGCUGCAAAACUAAGGCUCUGCGGUGCGGCUGACCCUCCGUUUGGGAAACACAAGUGGUUUGAAAGCAAGCACCAUGCGAUUUCCAAACUGAAAGGACACUUUUGAUGAUUUUUGUGUGGAGGAUGGCUGCAGAAAUAAUUUCUUGGGCACUGCUUCAUAUAUGAACAAUAAUUCUUACAGUUAGCCCUUAAAAAUAAACUCGUGUAAAGAGAGUUAUAACAAGUAGGCUUUGCAUUUUUAAAAAACAUAAUUUUUGAACAACGAAGACAGAUUAGCAUAAGCGGUUAAGCCUUGAUGUUCAUUCAUGUGCAGAGUGUUUUACUGAGGUCACUGUGGACUUCGAGGCUGCUGCUGGGGGCACGAGCAUGCAGUGGUGAAGAAUUUGGGGUUCACUGAGGUUUAAAUACAUCUCAGUGCGGAGGGGUGGUUCUGUGUCUCUGUAUCCUUAUGCAUCAUCAUACUGGUGAGUCAUGUUCAUAUUUCAUGUCAAAAUAUUUUCCCUUGUCCCUAGAAAUACAAAGAUGAGCAUGACCAAUACACCAUGUAUAUCUGUGUGUAUGUAUAUAUACAUAAUUUUAACAUGCUGAUUGUGAUAAAUACAAAGUAAUGUGCUAAUUUUAAAACAAUGUCUUUGAUAUUUUUCUUCUCUCUCUCUUUUCAUUUGUUUUAUUCUUUUUUUUAACCUUUUUGGUCAGGAGAUGUACCGAUAGCCAAAUGACCACAAGCCAAGCUGUUUUCUUGUCUUUUGCUGCAUUAUAUUUUGAUUCUCUGGACAAAAACAAUGAUUCUGAAAUUACUACUAUUUGAAAGUCUGUUUUUUUAAGAUCCCAAAGUGUUAGUUUAGGGUUCUGAAAGAAAAACUUCAUUAGACUCAUUGGUCAAGUUUUUAUUAGACUCAUUGGUCAAGUUUUUUUAGGUUUAAAACGUCAGGGAAAUUGGAGUAGGUUAGUGAAUACAUAGGAAAGAGACUUCAUAACUGAUAAUUAGGUUUUUGUUUUAAAGAACUGUUCAUUAAGUGUAGUAGAUUAUGAGAGAUCGUGGCUGAGACCAACAGAAGCUGAGAGGCCCCCUCUGGUGUUUCAUAGGGCAGCCGAGUGCAUCACUCAGCAGUAUGAUGCGACUCGCUGGAGAUGUCCCCAAGGCCCUCAGCAGAGGCAGCUGUUAUCAACCUUAGAAUAAACCACAGCUCGUGAGAGCUGAAACUCUGUGAAAAAUGCCCAGUAACGGCCAAGGGCGGACACAGGUAUCAAAAAGGGGAAGGGUGCUUGUGACACUGAAUGUGCUCCCCACCGUCACCUGUGCUCCCAGUGGUCCCCAAGCCCUUGCCUCUGGUCCGCUGUACCUCUCUCUCUUAUGGAGUAAUGCCAGAAUGAAUUGCUGGGGCAUCAUCCCAUGCCGAGACACACCUUUGAAGGGGAGAAAUCACCCUUGGGAGCUGGCUCACUGGGACCCCUAACACCCUUGAGCCAUGGAAACUGGCCAUGAGGGUAAGACUCAUGGAGGCCAGAGGGUAAGGACACUGUUUCUGCAGGAGAGUUGGAUGACAGGCAGCCCUGCAGGCACCUACAGGUGAGCUCUCUCCAGGGACAAUGUGACUUCUCCAGAGCCGUGCCAACCUCUAUACAUCUGCAGGGUGCAGCUGCGAGCAAUCUAUGAGCAAUGCAAUCAACCUGCCUGAUGAUCCAGAGGGUUGGAGGCUGCGGAAUGAUGACCAGAAGCUUGUCAGGCAUCUGCUAGUCAGGCCACAGUCGCACCCGUCACCACCCAGUCCAUGGUUAGGAAAGCAGGCACCAUCUGCACAGUGAACUUGGAUAAGGAAAGACAUUUCCUGCCACCUCUGGACUGGGCUGGAAAUUCAACAUCUGCUCAAAGAUCUGAGAGAAGCCAGGGAGAGAGGUGCUUGCCUGUCAGGAACUCCCAGGUCAAGAAGGGCAACAAUGGUAACCAUUUUUGAUCUCCUGAUAUUCUAUUUUUGCAUCAUGUACUAUGCCCAUCCUUCUGUUCUAACCGACUCUGUUUUGUUUAGUCACAUUAGGUUUUACUCUCUUCAAAAAAAAGUAAUAAGAACUGUGGGAGUAAAAAAACCCAAAAAGUGUAAUUGUCAUUGUAAAAAAGAGAGGAAAGGAAGAUAGUCUAAGGGAUAUAACUGCAUGUAUGUUUGAGUGUGUAGGAUGGAAAACCAUAUUACUGAGCUUUUGUUGGAUCAUUGAAUGGAACUGUCUGCAAUCUCACUGUAUGAAUGUCCACUUUAUAUGCUUUAAUUUUAUAAUUUUGGACAACUGUUUCUAAGAUGACAAUAUGUAACCUAUUAACUAGUGAUUUCUUACUGUAUUUUUUUUCUUGAAAUUCUGUAUUAUUUGUACCCUUUUACUGCUUUGGUUUUUUUUUAUUGCCUUUUUUUUCUCUUUAAAUAAAAAAAAAAAAGAAGGGCAACAGCAGGAUUCUAUCCCUGAAGAUGACAAGAUUGGUUCCUUACUUAAAGAUCCUGUGAGACUUGUGCUGAGAGCACAGCCAGGCUGGGUCUGCACAGGGCUGUGGGCACCCAAGGCUCCACGCUCAGCCAGUGCAUGGGCUGCUCACGCCUGGCAAAUAGCACGCCCAGCUUGAGCCUCCUUAUGGAGGCCUGAGAGAAGGUGCGUGCAACCAAGGAAGAUGAGAGCAACUGAGACACUCAGGCAGGCAGCAGGGGGUUCACCUGACUGCCACUGCACAGGACAGGGCACCCCAGGGAGGCCCCCAAACGAGCUAGGGCUUUGCAACGCUAACUAACUAGCCCUUGACCUGGCCCAGGCUGUCCAGUCUGCAAGCCUAUGGUUCAUGUGGAAGUACUUCCCUUCAUUACUGCACAGAUUUGGGCUGGGCCCUGGCUGGGCACUGGCUGGGCACCAGCUGGGCACCCGUUUUCCACAGGCAGCUGUUAUCCCCAGCCUCAGGGUCCAUGGUAGCUGCUUCUCAUCCUCUCAGAGUAAAACCCCCCCCUGCACAAGAUGAUGUCAAUGUCUAGGAAGUCAUCUCCAGCGCACACAGUGUCCCUACAUGAUACUCUGAGUCCUGCGGGUCUCGACGGCCGCUUUGUGGCUGGCCUCUGCUCUGCAAUCAGCAAUGCCAGCCCCGUUGCUCUGUCCUCAUGCAGUCACCUCCUCAGGCCGUGGGGCUUUGCCCAGGCUGCCGCUCCCGCUUCCAGCGACCUGCAUCCUACACCCACUUGUGGUUUCGCUAUACCAAGUCACUGAUGACUCCACAGUGGGGUCGCUGACUGUCCCCACCACAAGGCCACUCUGGCCAGCCACAGAGAGGCCAUCUUCAGGCCAGCUGAGGAUGCUCUGACUGACCUUUGACCACCAGUGCACACCUUUGAGUCAAACCCUUGUCACUUCUUCCCUUGCUCCUGGGGACACUGGUCCAUCUGAGCCCCUCUCCUUGUCCCUCGAUUUCCAUGUGGGACACUGGACUUUGUCCUCUCUGCCAGUGCUGCUCAGCUCUGACCAGACUGCUCUGAAGAUGCUGCCUGAUCUGGUCUUACUGUCAUAGUUAGCCUUCCCCUGGGGUGCCCUUGGCAUGAUCAGGGCUCCUGGCUGGCCCCCAUCACCUCACUGCCUCCACAGCAGCACCAUGGCCCUGUUCUGGUGGCUGUCCCUUGCCCCAACUCAGACUCAUCCACCCAUUUCUCAGCACCCCGACCUGGACCCUGGUAGUAGUAGAAAUUCUGUCACAUGCUGGGCCACAAAUACCCAGCCGGGGCUGCUGCGGCUGGCAUGAAACCACUUAGAUUCUCCAGCGUGAAGAUUUUGGAGUGGAAAACAGAUUUCUGAAGCUGCAUCAGAGUCCUGAAGUAUUUGGAGAAGCAAGUUCUAAAAAAAAUAUGUUUUGUGUAAAACACAUGCUGACUUUAAUGAACCAUGUUUUCAAAAAUAUAAUACAAGCAAGUGGGCAGUAUACAAUUGUUCACUUUAAAUGAUUCUUAUUAAAAACAAAGGUUACUUUAAGCAUGAUCUGCACAGACGAAGAGGACCACUGUGGACGGAUGGCCCCUCAGACUCCCGCGUUUCCUUUCCUGCUGUGAUUUUCUUCCCUUCGUGGUCUGAGUCUCUUUGGUGCUUUCAUCUCUGAGUACACUGAUUAAAAACCUAAUAGUUUUUAAUUCAGUUUUCAUUGUUAGGAUUAAAAUGGAUUUUUGCAGAUAAUUUUGUGUUUCGCUUCAAUUUAUGUUAGACUAGCUUAUUUCAAAUUAAAAAGGUUGCAAAUCUUUCAUUUCUUGACUGUGCUAUGUCAUGCAAUUUUAUUGCCAUGUAUUUACAAGGCUCAUGUAAAUGAAACACCACC